CCAUUGCUCUCCUCUCUCCUCCUCAUAAGGCGGCGGGGCUACUGCGGUUGGGUCAGGGCAUGUGACGUCCAAGCGCUAGGACCCGGCGGCGGCGGCGGCGGCGGCGAUUGCAGUCGACACACUCACCCCGGCGCGCGCUCGCUCGCUCGCUCCUUCGUUCGUUCGUUGGCUGGCUUGGCUUCCUGGCCCGAAACAACGACGACGACGACAUCGGAGGCGGCCUUCCCUGGUGCGGCUCAGGUUUGGCCCCGUUCCCUCACCUACCUCCGUCGCCCGGGGCGUCCCUACCUUCUCCUUGCCCUGGCCAUGCUGCACGGUGGGGCCCGACCCCCUCCUCCACGAACCAUGUGAGGAGGAGGCGGAGGAGGAGGCGGUGGCGCUGCUGCUGCUGCUGCUGAGGGCUGACACCUCCCACAGAAAUGGAGGCAAACAACCAUUUUAACUUCACUGGCCUUCCCUCUUCACCUGCUGCCUCAGGAUUGAAACCUGCUCCUUCCUCAGGGGAUGUCUACACAAAUGGAUCUCCUGUAAACUUCCCACAGCAAGGGAAAAGUUUAAAUGGAGAUGUGAAUGUUAAUGGCAUAUCUACUGUAUCUCAUGCUAGUACUUCAGGGAACCGCACUUCAGCUAACUCACACCUCCACCAUCCCUAUGACUAUCUCUGGAACUACUCUCAAUAUCCGUCUGGCAGUGGCAACAACCUGAAGGACAGUCCACUGUUUUCCCAGUAUCCACUGAAUGGUACGGUUGGUGGCAAUCGACAAGGCUCGCCAGGUCACAGCACCAACCUGAGGGGAAGUGGUGGGCAAGAAUUCUGGACCAACGGCGCUCCUGGGGCCAUGGGACUAAACUUUGAUUCAGCAGAGCUCUAUGACUCAUUCCCUGAUGAUCAGAACUUUGAACUCCUGCAAAAUGGCCCAUCCAGCUUCUAUACAUCAGCUCAGCCUUCCCCCAUGCUUGGCUCAAGCAGCCAGGACUUCUCUCCACAGCAGAAUGGGCCAGGCAAUGAGGAGACUGUGAAAGAAACUUCAUCUGCAAUCUCAGAAAAUGGCAACAGGCUGUUGGGUAGCAUGGAGCUGGAGAGCACCCAACCAGAGUUGAAAAUGUGUGACUACAGUGGUUCUUCUCCAGUUGGUGAGCCUCUGAGUCAGGAAGCUUCUGUCUUGGAACCAGAUGCUGGAGGUAGUUGUUCUCUGGAGGAAGCAUCUCAGAUACCACCACCUCUGGAGGAUUCCUUGGAGCCUUUUGAAUCACUAGACAGAGACCCAGGGACUGGAGAUCUCUAUGAGAUGGAUACUUCUGAGUUGGUAAGCGGCAAGUCACCCCUGGAGGACCCUCCUGACAUCUCUGCCCUGGAGUGUCCUGGCAGCCCUUCUCUCAAUCCCUCUGACUCCUUCAGUCUGUUGGCAGAUGACAGUCAGCCUGACACCUCACUUUUUGGAAGUGCCAAUUUGCCACCUGUUCUUGGGGAGUCUGUUUUGCAAGACAGCAGCCUAGAGCUGUCAGGUGUGAAUGAAGUGGGACAAGAAGGCACAGAGCUUUUGGGUUCACAAGCACCACUUGAACCAGCAGGUCUAGACGCCCCCAUAGAAGAGGAAGCCGAGAGCAGCUGUUCAAAGAACACUACAUCUGUAACAGACGGGAAGAAUAAAGAUGUCUCAGCACUCAGUGUAUCUUCUAAGAGUGAUCCUCCAAGGAGGCGGAUAGCCACAGUUGAAGAGGUGCGGUAUCCCUUAAAGCAUGGGUGGCGAAGGGAGGUGCGCAUCAAGAAGGGUAGCAGCCGUUGGCAGGGAGAGACCUGGUACUAUGGACCCUGUGGCAAGAGGAUGAAGCAGUUUCCAGAGGUGAUAAAGUACCUGAGUAGAAACAUUGUGCAGAACGUCCGCCGUGAGCACUUCAGCUUCAGUCCCCGAAUGCCAGUGGGAGAUUUCUUUGAAGAGCGAGAAACUCCUGAGGGCCUUAAGUGGGUAAAACUGGCAUCUGAAGAAAUCCCCUCACGUAUCCUGGCUAUCACAGGCAAGCGGGGCCGACCCCGAAAUACUGAGAAAGCUAAGGCUAAGGAAAUGCCCAAGGUGAAACGUGGCCGGGGCCGACCUCCCAAAGUCAAAGUGCCGGACCUGCAGAGCAAGACUGAUGUUCGAGUUCUGAAGAAACUGGAGGCUCAAGAGGUGGCCAGUGAUGAAGAUAAAGUGAAGAUAAGCAAGACCAAGAAGAAAAUGAGACAAAAGGUUCAAAGUAAGCAGAAGCAAGAAACCAAGGCAUCAAAGCCCAAGGACGUCAAACCUAAGGAAGUAAAGCGGAAACCUAAAUUCCAGGUAAAGAAAGAAAAGAGCAAGCCAGAAAAGAAUAAGCCAGAGAAACUGAAGGAGAAGGUGAAGCCAAAAGAAAAGAUGAAGCCCAAGGAAAAGAAGGUGGCAUUGUCCACAAAGAUCCCACGGAAAAUUGAUAAGAAUCUCCUUGCCCAGAAGCGUCAGGAAGAACGGCUGAGGCAGCAAAUGAUCUUAGAGGAGAUGAAAAAGCCUGCUGAGGACAUGUGUCUAGGGGACCAUCAGCCUCUUCCAGAAUUUUCUCGGAUCCCUGGUUUGGUUUUGCCCAGCCAUGCCUUUGCAGAUUGCUUAGCCAUUGUGGAAUUCCUACACAACUAUGGCAAGGUGCUAGGCUUUGAUGUAGCGAGAGAGGUUCCCAGCUUGAGUACCUUGCAAGAAGGCCUCUUCAAUGUUGGAGAUAGUUUGGGUGAAGUGUUGGACCUCCUGGUAAAGCUGGUGAAGGCUGCACUCUACGACCCUGGCCUCCCUUCUUACUGUCAGUCAUUGAAAAUCCUUGGUGAAAAACUGUCUGAGAUAAGCCUGAACCGCGAUACUGUAUCUGAGAUCCUUCGCUGCUUCCUCAUAGCCUAUGGAGCAGAUGAGGACCUUUGUAACCAAUUGCGCACUAAACCCUUCCAAGCACUGCCUCCAGACAAGAAAGCUGCUCUUCUGGCCUUCCUAGUCAAUGAACUCAAUAGCAGUGCCCUUAUCAUCAAUGAAAUUGACAAGACUCUAGAAAAUAUGUCCAACCACAGGAGAAAUAAAUGGAUAAUAGAAGGAAAGUUGCGCAGGUUAAAGAUUGCCAUAGCCAAGAAGACUGGCCGUCCUGAAUCAGAAAUUACUGGCUUGGAGGAAGGGCGGUGGCGGCGGAGCUCACGUAACACUGAUGAGCGUGAGGACAUAGAUGUGGAGGAGGAAGAGAGAAGCAGAGCAUGCAAGGCCCAGAAAGACUAUGAAAAUGACAUCCCUGUUUCUAGUGUGCCUGUACUCGAGAGGCAGAUUGAAAAGCUUUCCAAGCGCCAGAUGUUUUUUCGCAAGAAGCUGCUCCAUGCCUCACAAUUGUUACGUGCUUCUUCACUGGGGCAGGAUCGAUAUCGGCGAAGGUAUUGGGUUCUGCCCCAUCUUGGUGGGAUCUUUGUAGAAGGCUGUGAGGCCUCAACAGCAGCUCCCUCUGAGGUGUCCAAGAAUGAAUUGGAAAAGGAAGAGGCCCGCAAGGAGGAAAAGCAUGAAGUGUCACCAGUCAAAAAGGAGACCACGGACACACCUUCAGUUGUUGAUUAUAUGAACUGCACACCAGUGCGAUCAUGGGGCCAGCCAUGGCAGGACAGUGCAGGCCUGUUGCCCUCAGAGUCAUUUGAUUCCAAAUCACCAGAGCCCAUGUCCAUGUCUGCCAAUGGGUUUUUAGAGGAUUCGGUAUCCUUGGGCCAGUCCCAGCAUGACCUCACCCAAUCAGCGUUCUUGUCCUGGCUUAGCCAGACACAGCAGGCAUCCUCACUGCUUAACAGCUCUGUACUCACUCCAGAUAGCAGCCCUGGCAAAGACGACUCAGUACCGCCAGAUGAGUUGCCAGACUCUGGUGCAGAGGAUGAAAGUGUCACAGAAACCCAGGUGGCCUGGUUCAACCUGAUGCCCAGGGCACCUUAUAAUGAUUCUUUAUUUGCUACCUCCACUGAACAGCCCUCUGUAAAACCUGCUUCCCAACACUGCAGGAGACCUACUAAGGACCAGUCAAAGGUUUCUUCUCAGCAGCUGAAUGGUCUCUCCACCCCCAGCCCAGCUUUGCCACCAUUGGCCUCCACUCCUCUACAUUUCAGCUCCAGGAUCCACAAUACCUGCUCCCGAAUGAAAGACAUCCCCAGCAAAUCUCAGGAACCUCCUGGGCUGCCAAGACGACGUGGGCGUCCCCCCACAAAACUUUUCAAGCAGAUUGAGCAGAAAUAUUUGACACAGCAGACAGCACAACCUAUCCCUCCAGAGAUGCAGAGUGGCUGGUGGUGGUUACAGGAUCCAGAAGAGCUGGAAACUGUGGUGCAGGUACUGCACCCACGAGGAAUCCGUGAAAAAGCCCUCCAUAAGCACCUUACCAAGCACAAGGAUUAUCUACGGGAGAUGUGUGCACGAGCUGCCAAUGACCCCAUUUUCCAGACUCAUCCUGAAAGUGCCAGCCACCCUGUCUCUGAGGAAGCCUUGGCCCAAUGGUCGAUGGCUGAACGGGCUUUUGAGACAGAUUUGUCUGUGCUUCAGUGGGUGGAAGAGCUAGAGCAGCGGGUGCUCAUGGCUGACUUACAGAUCCGUGGCUGGACAAGUCCAGAUCCUGAUUCUGUUCGAAAUGACUUGCAGUAUUGUGAGCGUGACCUGGAACUUUUGGAAGAUAUUACCAUAAAAAACCGACGGGAAGGCUCAGCACUGCACCGUGAGACGACUAACCCUUUGGACCUAGCAGUCCUCCGCCUGGCAGACUUGGAGCAGAACCUGGAGCGAAGAUACCUAAGAGAGCCCCUCUGGCCCCCCCAUGAGGUGGUGGUAGAAAAAGCUUUGCUGAGUAAUCCCAGUACCCUAGAGCUGGGCACCACAGAAAUUUCAUAUGAAAUCACACCUCGGAUGCGGCUGUGGCGUCAGACGUUGGAGAAAUGCCACAGCGCAGCCCAAGUUUCUCUGUGCAUCUAUCAGCUGGAGCACUCUAUUGCCUGGGAGAAGUCAGUUGUCAGAGCGACUUGCCUAGUGUGCCGAAAAGGGGACGAUGAUGAGAACCUGCUGCUAUGUGAUAGCUGCGAUCGUGGCUGCCACCUCUACUGCCACCGGCCCAAGAUGACCGAGGUGCCAGCUGGCGACUGGUUCUGCUCCCUCUGCAUCGCUCAGAUGCAAGGAGAAUAUCAGGAUGGCUAUAGCUCCCCACGGCGUAGCAAGAAGCGGAAAGGUGGUAGUACUGCAGCUCUGUGUGGACAGGAAGAGCUCAGCCCUCGGUCCCGAGCAGCCACAUCCCAACAGCACAGUAGCCUGGCAAGCGUGCCAUCCCGAUACUCUGGUGAAGGCCUUUCGCCCUCCAAGCGAAGAAGAGUGUCGACACGAGGCCAGAGCGCUGACCUCACCUUCUGCGAGAUCAUUUUGAUGGACAUGGAAUCGCAUGAAGCUGCGUGGCCUUUCUUGGAGCCAGUUAACCCUCGGCUAGUGCCUGGCUACCGGAAAAUCAUCAAAAAUCCCAUGGACUUUGCCACAAUGAGGGCACGGCUGCUUCGUGGUGGGUACACAAGUUGUGAGGAAUUUGCUGCUGAUGCUGCCCUGGUAUUUGACAACUGUCGGGCCUUUAAUGAGGAUGAGUCGGAGGUGGGAAAGGCAGGGCUGAUCAUGCGCCAGUUCUUCGAGAGCCGGUGGGAGGAAUUUUAUCAGGGAAAACAGGAGACGACCCCAUGAAGCUGGCAGAAUGGGUUGAAAUGAGAGGACCUAAAGGGGAAGCUCCUCCCCUUUCCUCUGUGCUGCACACUGUCUCUUCUGGAGCUCAUCUUGCUACCUGCUGAUUUAAUUUCCCCCCUCAUGAUGACUGGACUUGGACUGACAUUUAGCAAUGGGGCGGCCUUACUCACCGCCUGAAUCCUCAGAAGCCCUCUCCCCACCUACUCGUUCAAAAGUAACAAAAGCUAUCUGACUGUGUAAGCCAAAUAAUAAUUUAAAACGUUUCCUAUUUACAGAUGGAAAAGCAACCACCCACAACCCCACUGGGGAUAUUUAAUAAUAGCAAUAGUUCUUAGUGAAUGUGUAAGAACACUUUUUUCUGUGCAGUGUCAGUACCAUGCAUUAAUGGCCAGUAAUGUGGACGUUAAGUUUUCCUUCUUUUUAGAGUUGCGUGGAAACGUAUAAAAGCAGAUAACUCCUGCCUCUGGAAAUGACAACCUUGAUGACACUGAAACUUGCUGCUUCUGUUCUCAUGCCCCUUGACCUUCUCAACUGUCUCAGCUCUUCUUUCCACCUGUCCUUCUGAACAGCCCAGCCUUAGCUGUGCCCAUUUCCUUCCCUCGUGUUCUGAUCUCCUGUUGGGAACCAAGAAGAGUCUUGCUUAAAGUUGGUGUGCAUUUGGGGAUGGAGUGGGGUUUUGAGGGAUCAUAUCCAUGCAAAUGCAAGCUAUGUUCCCUUUGCCAAGGGUGUUGUCCUUUGCUUAACAAAGAGGUCACCCUUCCUUUGACAGAUGGCCAUUACUGAAGCCCUUUGAAUAAGGGGGCCAGGGAAUUUUAAAAUCCCAGAUGUGGUUAAACUAGGUAAAUAUCCCCAUCUGUACACAUGUGCUCAGAGUUGGUUUAUUCUAAGUUUUGUUUGUAAGGGAGUUAAACAAAACAGGAAUAAUUCCAAGUGUCCACAAAGAAAUAGUAUCAAGCAAAUCAUCUGUUUCCUAUAGGCAAGCAAACCACAGAAGCGUCUCACUAUCCCUACCCACCCACCACCUUCACAGGGAACAACACUUCACCAGGGUAACUCAAAAUCUAUUCUGGUAAUCUAGAACAAACUCCUUUCUGCUCUGAAAAUUUCUUAUUUUCCUUCUGAUUAUGGGUAACAUGCUGGAAUGUAUCAGUUAGCGACAAGGGACCAAAGUACAGGAACUUGCAGGAGCGGAGAUGAGGGGAAGCUAUAUCUGAUGAGGAAGUGGAUGGGUUUUUGGAUAGCCUGUUCCAGCUUUUUUGGAGACCAUGGUUUUAUUUGUGUCCUCCCCUCCUCCCACCAGACUCUGCCCUAGCAUUAUUCCUCAGGGAUGGCUACUGUCUACAAAGCUUGAUCUAAAGUCUUAUGUAUAUAUCUGGCAGAAUGGUUUCUUUCCUGCCUUGAAAUGUGACUUUCAGUCUAUCAUAGAUAUUUCCUCCCUGAGAAUGAGGUGAGACAAAAGAAGCAGUUCUUCCAUCAUUGUCCUUCACAAAAUCUGAGAUUUGGAUAAAUAUUAAGAUUUAGUGAAAGACAGUGAUGGAGAAUUGUCAUGGUUUUCCAUGAAAGUUCUGGUUUUCUGACCACAUUUUAAAUUCAGUGGGUUUUCUUGACUGGGAUUCAGUCAAAGUGCACCUUUGGACCAUGUAUGCAAAUUGCAAGCAAAAGAGUAAUCUGUAUACCGCCCUCAGGAUGUGUGUCACUGUAGAGGAGGCGUGCAAGUUCCUCUUUAUGUGGUUGUACAGGAAGUGUGAAAAGAGGAAGCCAGAGUAGCUUAAUUGUUGUGUAAUGUCCACAGCUGUCCUCAGUCUGAAGUUCUAGAGCUGCUCAUUAGGCAUUUCCUUUAGUUUCUGUCCCCAGCUUGCACACCCAAACAUACCCUGUGUGAAUGCUGUUAAUGUUGUAGCCUAUUUUUUCAACUCUCUCAACUCAUGAUCUCAGAGGGGGAAGCACAAUCUUGAUUUGUACUGACCAUGUUGAUUUCCCUUGUAGGCCAGGGCACUUGUUGCACUGAUUUGUAAUUUGCUUUAGUAUGUAUAGCAGGUCUUACCCCAGCCACUGCUUAGGUAAGAUGUACAUUUGCCUAGCUUUGGGGAGUGAUAGAUCUGCAAGCACAAUCCACUGGGAGUGGAUUCCCUGCAUGCUCGUUUGAGAUUACUAAAAUACAUAGGAGUGGGGGGAGGAUUUCUAUAACAUUUCACAUUUUCUCUGCAACCUACAUUUGAACAAGUUAAAAUCCAUCCUUUCUCACCAGAUUAGUCAUAAACAUGUUCAAACCCACUAGUAAGCUCAAACAUAGGUUGCAGAAAAUAAAUGGUAUGUCAUAGAAAUCCAUGAGUAUUUCAUAUUGUGCAAGAGCCGUUCUUGUGGUAGAUUAUGGCCAAGUGAAACAAGAGAUGUCUGAUGCAAAAGGGAGCUUUGGACAGUUUUCCUCUCAUCUUACCUUCAAGUGUUUGCACUCAGAUUUCUGGUGCUAGAAAUUUGCAAGCUUCAGACAGUUGUGCUGAAGCCAGACCAGUCUCCCAAACAAUCCUCCAUCCCUCAUGUACAGUAUCUCUUAUAAAAGCAGAAUGAUGGCUAGAGAUCACAGCAAAAGCAUGCUAUAAAAGAUGGUAGAUGGCCUUUAAAAAUGUAGUUCCUAUAACAGUUGUCAAUUGGCAGAAGAAUAGGCCAUCAUACAGUCUCUCUCUGUCAGCCAUCCCCUCAUGGUAUGUAGAUUGCUACUUGCAGUCUGUAUGCCAAAUACUUCCUUGAUUUUGGAGAGCCCACCUCACCUUGCUGCAGAGUGAUGGUUGGUUUCUAGCAAGAUUGAUUGCCAGGGAAACAAAGUCUCUUGACCUGUACCAUGUUCAGGAGUCAUGGACUUUGAGACCCCGGACAUCUGCUAGAACAGAGGCAGUGCUCUUGUUGGUUUAGCUCCAGUCUCUCGGCCAGUGUUCCUGUAUCUGAGGCAGAGACAGGGCCAUCUGGGAUUAAUCUGAGGAAACAGUUAGGUUCUUUUGCUUUUGUUUCACUACUUUAGAUGGACCAUAAAAGUUGAAAGCCGCUCUCUGGAACCUUAACUCCCUUGCUGCUUUUCAUACCCAGUCUUGCUCCUCAAAACCAUUGUUAAUUACGGGUAUCACUUAGGGGCAGAUAAAUGGCUGGCAGGGUCCACCAGGAGAUGGCUUUCCUCCUUUAUGUCCACUUGUGCUACAUCUGAGUGAGGUGCAUGCGUGCAUAUGUGUGUGUGUCUUUUCCCCCAACCCGCGUCAACCAAUCCAAUUGCAAGAGCACUGAUGUAAGUAAAAUGUAACCACAGGUGAUGUAGCCUGAAGACCGAAACCUCCCUUACUGUGCUUCUUCCACCCCUGCCUCACUCCCCCAUCCCAUUGUUUUCAACAAACGUAGCCUUUUUCUAUCAAAUAACCUCAAAACAUUAUUUUAUUUUAAAUUUUGGGAUUUUUUUGUUUUGCUUUUAAAUAAAGAGGUAGAUUUGAA